AUGGCGGCUUUGGUGGACUGGGGUAUGGCUAUGGUUGUGGAUGUGGCAGCUUCUGCAGACUGGGCUAUGGCUGUGGCUUCAGAGGCUAUGGAUAUGACUCUGGUUAUGGAAGAUUUGGAUAUGGCUGCCAUUGCCACCCAUUCUUCUGUGGAAGAUAUGGAUUUUCUAGCUUCUAGCCAUUACAGCAACUAUUACGGAGGCUUGGGCUAUGGCUAUGGAGGCUUUGGUGGUCUGGGCUAUGGCUACGUUUGUGGAUGUGGCAGCUUCCGCAGACUGGGCUAUGGCUGUGGCUUCAGAGGCUAUGGAUAUGACUGCUGCCAUUACCACCCAUUGCGCUAUGGAGGUUAUGGAUUCUCUAGCUUCUACUAA